UUCUGGCCACCGUCUCCGACUGUCUUGUUCUGUCUCUCUGCCUUUUCUCCUCACAACACAAGAGCGUUGUUAUUCUCAAGCACUUGCGGCGAUUAUCGAGCUUUGGUCUGUCUCGUAAAUCUGCAUACAAGUCAUCCAGGACCAGACGAAGAAUAUGUGACCAAUGCCGUUGCCGCUCUCUCGGUCCGAGUCCGACGAAUAUGUUUGUGGACCAAGCUUCAAGUCAUCAGUUCCAUCGGUACUCGGGACUCCGACUUUACAGGGAUUGCAUGGUAUCCUGACAUAGCCGUCUUAGUGAGAAACGGAGGUUUAAGAGGCUUUGUCAGCUAACUCCAUGCCCAGCACGCCAUCAGCCACAGUCCGUCACCGCCGAGGUCUUCUACUUCACUCCCCCGAGGACGGCUCCAAGCCCUACACCCACGUCAACUCGGACCCUGCGACCGGUAAGCGCCGCACGAACAUCAAGCAAGAGUCGCAUAUCGUCGAGAUCGAGAACCUCCGCGGUAAGGAGGACUCCGUCACUCUCGACACCGCCGGCUUCCAGUUCGGCCGCGAAGCCGCUACGCACAAGGCGUUCACCAACGACGCAGCGGUCGAGGCGGAGUACUACCCCGAGAGCAUCGAGCUCGUGAAGAAGUUCACCGGCGCAAGUCGUGCCGUCAUCUUCGAUCACACGAUCCGCCGCCGCCGCCCAGGCGAGCCCGACGAUUCGCCGCAGAGGCGGCAGCCCGUCCCGCAGGCGCACGUCGACCAGACGGCCGCCGCCGCCAUCGCGCGCGUGCACCGACACCUCCCACCCACAGACGCUCCCGCGCUCCUCCAGCGUCGCUUCCAGAUCAUCAACCUCUGGCGCCCCAUCUCGCACGCCGCGUACGACUGGCCGCUCGCCCUCUGCGACUUCCGCUCCGUAGACUACAAGGGGGACCUAGUCGCUACAGACUUGGUGUACGAAGACAGGAAGGGCGAGACGAACAGCGUGAAGUUCAACCCGAACCACAAGUGGAAGUACUUGAGGGGCAUGGAGCCAGAUGAGUUCGUCCUCAUCAAGUGGUGAGUAUUGCUCAGGACACCCGUGUGCGAGGCGACUGAACUGACGUAUGGAUGCGCAUAGCUUCGACUCAAAGACGGAAGAU